AACAAACAGAGAGCAAAAACAGAGAACCAUUUCUCUUCUGAGUCGAAUGCUACACCAAUUUUAUGUACAAAAACAGAGCCACUCUGUUUCUCCACACACAAUUGUAUCAAUGAAUUGGAGAUUUGAUAGCGACGACCGCCGGAUACUCAUGUUUCCGGCGGUGCGCCCUUGCGAAUGUAUUUCUCCGGAGACCCUUCUCGACUCUCUGAUCCCUCUCUCCCACACAAUCUGCAAUUUCCACUCGAAAUGCUUCGCGACGCAACGGAAGAAUAGCCGGGAAGCAAUUCGCCUAGUUCGUGUUCUUCUCAUGUUCUUUGAGGAGGCAUGCGAGUGCAAUUCGGCUCUUUCGAAAUCUUCCGCUGUCCUCUGCUUCUCCGAGCUUCAUUUCGUCUUCCAAAAAAUCCGGUUUUUGUUGGAAGACUGCACGAGAGAAGGCGGUCGGAUUUUGAUGCUGACGAAAUGCGAGUUUCUUGCUACCCAAUUUCGGCUGCUGAUUCGAGCUUUGGCGACGGCUCUUGAUGUUUUUCCGUUGAAAUUGAUCGAUGUUGGCGAUGAAGUUAAGGAAUUGGUUGAAUUGGUGUCGAAGCAAUCGUGGAAGGUCAAAAUCGAGCUCGAAGCGGAUGACGAAUUGGCUUCGAAACGAUUGCUUGCGAUUCUGAGCCAAUUCGAAAGGGGAAUCGAGCCCGAUUUGAAUGCCGUAAAGCGGGUCCUCGAUUACCUUCGAGUCAAAAGAUGGAGCGACUGCAACAUGGAGAUCAAAUUCUUGGAAGAAGAAAUCGCUUUCAAGCGUUCCGAUCGCGACGAGAGGGAGGUUCCUUUUCUCAGUAGCUUGGUGGGGUUCCUGAGCUACAGCAGGGGAGUGAUCUUCGAAACAUUGGAUCAUCAAAACGCUGCGAAUCAAAUCGAUUCCAGGUGCAACGUGGAGAUGUUUCGUUGCUUAAACCCUGAAGAUUUCAAGUGCCCGAUUUCUCUUGAGCUAAUGCUUGAUCCGGUGACUGUAUCUACAGGUCAGACAUACGAUCGAAGUUCGAUUCAGAAAUGGCUCCGCGCCGGAAACAUGCUCUGCCCCAAAACAGGAGAGGUGAUCACAAACACAGAGUUGGUACCGAAUUCGAUUCUUCGCAAGCUACUAAAAAAUCUUUGUGAAUACAAUGGCGUUUCUCUUGGCAGGCCAGGAACGCAAAGCUCCGACAAAGAUCAAACGGUCGCGCAUGGUAGCCCCGUUGCUAAACAAGCAAUGAAGUUUCUCUCGAGAUUUCUCAGCGGAAGGGUUGCUUGCGGAACAAGCGAACAGAAAAACAAGGCUGCUUAUGAGAUUCGGCUGCUAGCCAAAUCAAACAUUUUCAAUAGGUCUUGUUUUAUCAAGGCUGGCUCCAUCCCUCCUCUGCUGAAACUACUGAAUUCCGCGGAUGCAUCCACGCAAGUGAAUGCAAUCGCAGCCUUGUUGAAGCUCGCGAAAUACGCAAGCGGAAUGAAAUUGAUAAUGUCAUGGGGAGGACUACCAUCAGUUGUUGCUGUUCUUAAAAAUGGGUUGAGUUUAGAAGCCCGGCAAUGCGCAGCUGCAACGAUAUUUCACCUCUCUUUGACAAGCCAGUAUCGAAAACUAAUUGGAGAAUUACCUGAGGCCAUCCCAGCUCUUGUGGAGCUGAUCAGGGAAGGAACAACGUGUGGCAAAAAGAACUCCGUGGUUGCAAUUCUCGGGCUGCUCCUUCGUGCCAAGAAUCUACAAAAAGUGCUGGACGCAGGCAUUGUUCCAUUGCUAAUUGACAUAAUAUCUUCAUCAUCAGAAAACCCUGAUCAGCUUGUUGAUGAUGCAUUAGCAAUUCUCGCAAUUUUGGCCGAGAAUGCGGUAGGAUCACAUGAAAUCCUCUACGCCAUUGAUCUGCAUUUGAUCAUCCGCAUUCUUCAAACUUCGACAUCCCAAAGAGCGAAAAAGUAUUGUGUUUCAACAUUGCUGUCUUUGUGCAUCAAUGGCGGGGCGGAAGUUGUUGCUGUUUUGGCGACGGAACCAUCUCUAAUGCCUAGACUGUUUUCGCUCUUGACUGAUGGAACAUCUCACUCGAUCAAUGAAGCGUCCUCCCUCAUCAAAUUUCUCCAUAACUUCGGUGAAACUAGCGCACCGAGAUGGAUGAGUACUGCAGUUCGGCGCAAACAAAGCGUUCGGUAACCGUGAUUCAUCUCGAUUUUGCAUGUAAAUACAUUCAUAGAUGGUGUAAAUAUUUAAAAACAACCAUUAGUUAGGCUUUAUACUUUGUAAAUUUGUAAAAUGCUACAAAGAUUAUGAUUUUA